AUCAGUUGGACUUCCAGCUCGGCCGGUGGCAAUUUCAAGAAGCAGCUGCAGACAGUUUUAUUGUGAAAAAUAAUAAAAAUAAAUAGUCCGAAAAUCGUAGUUGUGGGCAGGUCUCAUGUUUUUGCAUAAAAGUGAACCACACAAAAUAUUUUGAGACUUCGAGCGAAACGGUUGGGUUCUUUCGCGUGUGAACGGGCAGCGGAUGCGCGUGCCAAUCGGAAAAAGGCUUUGAAAAUAAAUGAGUUGUUCGGAAUAGGCAGGAGCGAAUGCGAAUCAAGAUACUUACCCUACCAGAACAUCAAGCUCGAUAGCCAACUAUACUCCUACAGUUAUCAAUCAAAUAGCAACACAAAAUAGCUACAACAUGCGUUUUGAGCCUUUGGGCCAGAAAAUGUUCACACGUCGCAACUGGUUGCUGCGCUGCAGCAUCCUCAUCAACGUAGCGGUCAUCCUGUACAUCGGCAGUCAGCUGAUGAUCGGCGGCGGCAACAACUUCACGAAUGGCGGUGGAUUCCUGCUGCAGGACCAGCAACAGGUGUCCGUACUCCAAGUGGGCUCCGCUUCGUCUGCGGCUCAAGUGCAGCAGCAACAGCCGCCUACGCCCAAGAAUCAGAACCAGGUGGUAGAGAUCUUCGAGUCUGAGGAGAAGCAGCUGGUCAACUCCAAUGCAGACUCUGCGGCGGCAGCGGCUCAGGCUGUUGAUACCGCUGCAGGUGCCCCGCAGUUGGCCAAUGACAGUGGUGGCGGAGCCGCUGUCCUGGGCGAUCCCUCCCAGGUGAUCGGAAACAUUGGAGCCGGCGGUAUCGCCUCUGGCGGCAAUUCCGAGGUGAACAACACUCAGUCGGACGGCGGCUACAUAGUCACAGGCGACGAAAAGGAGCUGGAGGAGCGGGUGCGAUCGCUGAUUAACUGCUUCGACCACGACUACCACCAGCAGACCUUGCAGCGCGGCGACUUCUGGGUGCUGCAGAACUACGUGCGGGCGGAGCAUGGUGACAUCAAGUGCCACGAGUCGAUCACCUACACGACUCAUGCGGACUACACGUUCCUGGACAACCUGGUGCCGCUGCUGGAGCGCUGGAACGCCCCGGUGAGCAUUGCCAUGCACGCCCCCGGCACUGACUUCCAGCCCACGCUGGACUCGAUCCGGUACCUGCGGGACUGCCUGCCCGGCAGUCACCUGGUUCGCGCCUACACCACCUUCCACAUCUACUUCGGCACCAAGCACAUUCCCAAGUCGGUGCCCAAGCCGCACGAGGUCUUCAAGACGGGGUACAACUGCACUCUCCCGCCUCCGUACUUCAACGUGAGUUCGGGCCACCUGUACAAGGCGCAAAAGAAGCUCCUCUAUCCGGUCAACGUGGGCCGGAACAUAGCCCGAGAUUCGGCGCUCACCCACUUUAUUCUGGCAUCCGACAUCGAGCUGUACCCGAACCCGGGUCUGGUCAAGAAAUUCCUCGAGAUGAUUGCCCGCAACGAACAGUACCUGAGACGCAAAGCACCCAGGGUAUUUCCAUUGGCCAUCUUCGAGGUGGAAGAAAACUCACCGGUGCCCCAUGACAAGACCGAACUGCAGGAGUUUCUGCGCACAGGGAAAGCCAUUCCUUUCCAUAAGCGGGUCUGCGCCAGCUGCCACGGGGUACCCAAGUCCAAGGAGUGGAUGUCCGCCAACGAGACGGACGAGCUCAGUGUGUUCCAUAUUGGAAAACGAACUGGUUACUACGUGCACUGGGAGCCGAUCUACAUUGGAACCCAUGCCGAUCCCCACUACGACGAACGGCUCAGCUGGGAGGGAAAGAGCGACAAGAUGCCUCAGGGCUAUGCGCUGUGCGUGAUGGACUACGAGUUUCACAUACUGGAUAACGCGUUCCUGGUCCACAAACCUGGCAUCAAAGUGCUGAAGAAGGACAACCGACGAGCCAUGCUCUCGGGCAAGACGAACCAGCUGAUACGGAAGAUCAUCUACCCGGAGCUGAAGAUCAUGUACGGCAUGCGCAAGGGAUGUGCGAUAUAGUAACUAAUUCUGAAACCGAGCUGAGCUCAGUCCCGCGUGACCGGGAAGGAGGCGAAGGCGAAAAGACUAGAACCAACUUCACUGUUACUAUUUGCAAUGCUAUAGGUCGGUAGGGUCGACUCUACCGCCUCGUAUUCCCUCUAUGGCAUUGGAUGCGCACUGCAAGUGUGUGUUUACAAUUAGCUAGAGACUUAGCCCUAGGACUAGUAGAGCAUUACGUAAUUAGGCUUAGCUGUAGGUCGGGUCGUGUAACGCCUUGAGGGCCUAUUGGGUUUUUUCGCUUUCUGGGUAAUCCUUUUCUACUCUGCAGAGCCUUGAGCUUAAAUAGAUUUAACGUAGUUAAAUGUGGCUUUUAGGCAGCAUGCCGAACUCCAUUUACCAUGCCCUUUGGCCAAUCAGCCAAACGGCCAGGUCCCUUGAUGAAAUUGGUUAAGACGCCACGCCUAAAAUCGGUUGAAAUCCACUUCCAUGAACUUCUGUAAAUAUUAACCACUUAAGGAUCUCCCUUCUCUCCUGCUCCUUGGCAAUCAACAUCUGGAGACUGGAGGCAGAGGGACUUCCGUUACUCAUAGGCAGUCAUUAUCAGUUAUUUUUAGCCUAGGCCAUUACCUUAAGUUUAUCGUUAUUUAGCUGAAUUUUCCAUGUGCAUCCAUUUACGAGUAGAAGCCAGUUUUCUUUUAUGGAUUUUCUUCAAAUACUCAACAGAGAAAUUGAGUGCAACCCCUCUUUUGUAUACCAGGGCAAGAUUCCUAAUGGAAGCGGGCAAAACAGUAGUCUUACCACAUUGUGUUUCUGAACUGGCGGAAUAAGCCUUAGAUUAAACCAUGUUUAUUGGGCAAUGUAGACUUACUGCAAAGACCAAAACGUAGAUUAGACCGAUACCGGGCCAAAACAAUUCCAACGUUAAAUAUUUGACUUGAAUAGCAGAGUAGGAUCAUUGGAUUGAGACGUAUUGAAUAGACUUCGAGAGUUAAAUCGUAAUAGUAGUAACAAAGUUAAAGGCUAAAGACAAGUUUCAACACAAUACUAUUAAAGUUUAUACAAGAAAACGCAAAAACGCAAAAACGCAAAAACACAAAAACUCAAAAACACAACAACUCAACAACAGACGACAGAGAAUUGAUUUGCUUACCGCACUGAAGGUAGGCAGAGCAACUAAUGCAAUUGAAGAUACAUUUCAAGAAGCAUAAAUGCGAACCGUGAUAUUUGUACUAGUAAAGCGAUAUGGAGACGUUAAACCUAAUGAUAAGAGAGGAGGGGAGGAUCGGAGACCCAUUUGCAUUAAACUUAGCCUAACCUUAGUUUUGUAUAUGUUUUUUAAUAGUGUCGAACAUUAAGUCAAACUUGUGCACAUAUAAAUGUUAAAAACCAUAUUGUGAGGUCGAGUCCACGAUUCGAUCCUGAAGGAAAUGCUGAAGGUUUUUGUUGCGUAGGCCUUAUCGAAAUAAAGAAGAAUAAUAGUAGCUAAGCUGUCGGUUUAAGGAGUUUGAAUAACUAGUACUUAGCUGAACACAGCAAAUUUUACGUAUGUUGUUGAAUAUUUCGUAGAGGUACGUUUUGAGAGUGACUUGGGAACAACAUACAACAUUGGUGUUUGUAUUUAUUUCACAUUUAGUCCGUAAGCCUCGGUUUAGCCGAAACCAGAUCAGAGUUGGCAAAUCAAGUCUUAGAUUUAUUCGCUCAAAAUUGGUUUACUUAAGUACUUUCCAUAAGUAAGACUAAAAUAUCACUAAGUCUAAUGCAAGUUGUUGAGAACGUAGCCGGGAGCGGGAUUCAAAAUAUAAAUAGACUAUGGAAUUUGAUUUUGAUUUGAAGAGUAUAUUUGUAUGAUGUAAUGUAAAGUGUAAAAGUGCCUUAGACAAAACGAAGAACAUAAAUUAUUUGUAAGAAAAACCAACCACACAGCCGGAAAAUAUCCCCAGUUUUCUCUUGAUUUGGCAAAGCUGUGCGUGUGCAAGGCAAGAGGCUUGUACGCGGCAUAUUUUUGUAUGUAUAAAAUAAACCUUAAACUAUUUAUGUACAUAA